AAAUGCUCUUGUAAAUUACUACUAGGGUUCCACUGGCGUAAAGGAGCUGAGCUGACCACAAAAUCCCCCUAAACUUUCAGCUAGAGUUCCUCUAAUAGCACCAUGGCCAGCCGUAAGACCAAGAAGACGACGAAGAAGCGUGCGCAACGUGCUACCUCGAAUGUCUUCGCCAUGUUCGACCAGACACAGAUCCAAGAAUUUAAAGAGGCAUUCAAUAUGAUUGACCAGAACAGGGACGGCUUCAUCGACAAAGAAGACUUGAAAGAUAUGUAUGCCUCCCUUGGAAAAAGCCCGAAUGAUCAGUUUCUAGACGACAUGAUCGAAGAAGCGUCUGGGAGCACGAUCAACUUUACCAUGUUCUUGACGUUGUUUGGCGAGAAGUUGAACGGCACAGAUCCUGAAGAUGUGAUCAAAAAUGCAUUUGGCUGCUUUGAUGAAGAGGGGGACGGUAGAAUCCACGAAGACAAGCUUUGCGAUAUGUUAACGUCUGUUGGAGAUAGGUUUAGCGAAGAUGAAAUUGAUGAGAUGUUACAUGACUGCCCUGUUGACAAGAAAGGCUACAUAGACUACAUCACAUACACUCAAAUGCUGAAACGGGGCAAGAAAGAGGACGAUGAAUAGACCAGCCACACUUUUAUAAACUUUUGCAAUUUGCAUUACUAAGCUUUUUCCCCUUUAAAAAAAACAGUGAAGUUCUUUGGUGAUAAAGCAAAGAGAAGAACCCUACAAAAGCUUUGCCCCUGUGGAAAAACUAAAACACAUCAAAUAACUUUCUGUUCAUAAUGUAUAAUGUUUUGUAUUUUUGGAAGCUGUAUUUUUGGAAGUGGAUUUAGGAAGAAUGAUGUAACAAUGAUGGAAACAUAAACAUUUUCGUUUUUUAA